AUGUUUCCAAACUUUCAGAGGAAUGGCAUUGACUCAGGUUCUGCCCUUACAUCGCUGCUCGCAUGCAUCGUUCUCUACGUAUGCUACAAUGCGUUUCUGCAUCCACUGAGGCGGUAUCCAGGCCCCAGGCUAUGGGCUGCCACGCGGCUACCAUGGUGCUGGUACCAGGCUCAAGGCCGGCUAAACCAGAAGCUGCUCGAAUUGCAUCUACGAUACGGCCACAUCGUGCGAGUAGCUCCGAAUGAACUAUCUUAUAGCUCAGAGGAAGCAUGGAGAGCUAUUUACGGACCGCGAUCGGAUGAGAUGGGCAAAGAUCCCGUCUUUUCGCUGCGAACGCCAACUGGCGUACAAAAUAUCCUGACGGCAGAUAGACAGACACAUACGAGACAGCGACGGCUUCUGUCGCAUGCUUUUUCCGAAAAAGCUUUACGUGAGCAAGAAGUCAUCAUCCAGCGAUAUGUAGACCAGCUCAUGAGACAACUGGCCGCUCGAGCAAACGAUAGCCCGCAGAACAUGGUAGACUGGUUCACCUUCAUUGCAUAUGAUCUCAUUCGUGACCUUUCCUUCGGCGAAAGGUUCCAUUGCCUGAACACCGCGGAAUACGAUCCCUUCGUGAGAUCUAUCCGUGCAAUCUCCAAAGAGUUGACUUUCAUCCAAAUGUUCGCCUACUACAAUCUACUCUCUUUUCGGCAGCUAUUCAUGCCCAAGUCCAUUGCGGGAGCACGGGCACAGAACAUGCAGCGAGUUAUUGAAACCGUCAAUUGUCGCGUAGCUCGAAACACCGACCGCAAGGACUUUUUGCACUACAUCCUCGCUGCGAUGGAGACGGAAAAAGGGAUGUCACGGGCAGAGAUGAAUGUCAAUGCUUUUUCCUUCAGCAUAGCUGGGUCAGAGUCGUCGGCGACAGCAUUGAGCGCGUUCACAUACUACAUUCUAUCGCAUGUGAGUGUGUACGACCGACUCAUCGCUGAGAUCCGUGGCGCAUUCGAGAAGUACGAGCAGAUAGAUAUCUCUUCUGUCACCCAGCUGCCAUAUCUAAACGCCGUACUGCAGGAGACUCUGCGUAUCUACCCUCCUGUAGCUGUGACUCUACCCAGAGUUGUCCCAGCCAACGGCGCAGUUAUUGACGGUAAAUUUGUACCCGCUGGAGUGACGGUGGGAGUCAAUCACUUUGCAUGCUACCAUGACCCACGCAACUACUACCGUCCACAGGACUUCCUACCUGAGCGGUGGCUGCCAGAAUGUCAGGAGAAGGGGCCUUUUUCCAUUGAUCGCCCGAAAAGCUGCCAACCUUUCUCCUUUGGGCCCAGGAACUGCCUUGGUAAGAACCUAGCGUGGGCCGAAAUGCGACUAAUAGCGGCGAAACUGCUGUUUCUAUUUGAUAUGGAGCUGUUUGAGACAGGAAAGGCUUGGGCUGAUGGACAGAAGGUCUUUGGGUUCUGGGUGAAACCGCCGUUGUUAGUGAGAUUGGCACCGAGAGGUGACCAACGAUAA